CUCUCUCAAUCUGCUCUGAGAUAGCUUUAGAUCUUCGUCUUCUCAAUCUCGUCUCGAUCGAUCGAUCAAAAGGAAUCGGAGAAUGGCAUCGACUGCGGCGGUUCCGUUCUGGAGAGCGGCGGGGAUGACGUAUAUAACGUACUCGAACAUCUGCGCGAAUCUGGUCAGGAACUGUCUGAAAGAGCCCUUCAAGGCUGAAUCGAUGAGCCGCGAGAAGGUUCACUUCUCCCUCUCCAAAUGGGCCGAUGGAAAGCCCCAGAAACCAGUUUUGCGGUCAGACGCACCUCAAGUGUGAAGCUUUUGAUCUAAGGCUGGAUGGAUAAAAGGGAUGCUGUGACGUCUCUCUCUCUCUCUCUUGACAUUUUGUUUCCUUUUGUUUGUUGUCUGCAAUGAAAGCUUGAUACUCAGGCAAUCAAUAAUGAAAAACACUUCUUCUGUUUCUUGCUCAAUACAAAUUAUUAUUAUUUUUGUGUA